CAAAGACGCCAAAUCCCCUUCCACCCAUCCGCCGUCGCGCCCACGCUCCCACCACGCGAUGGCCGCACGUGGCCGCGAGCGCCGUCGUCGUCGUCGCUCUCCUUCUCCUCUUCUUCCUCCUUCUCCUCUUCCUCCUCCUCCUCCUCCCCCCGGCGUUACCCGAGACUCAAGUUGCUCCAACUUCGCCUCGCCCGCCAUGGAGGAGUCCGGGACGACGCUGCUCAAGAGGCGCCGCGACGAGCAGGGGCCGAGUGCGCGGAAAAGGCGGACGGCCGGCGCUGUGCCAGAGUAUAAACCAGUCAAGGGAGGUGAUGGUGCCCAUUUCACGUGUUGCGGUGACAAGGCUCCAAAAGCAAAACAAAAUUGUGGCCAAAUCAAGCAAAAUGCAGACAAUACUUGCAAGCGUCGGAAUAAGAGACGUUCAAAGUGUUCAGCAGGUAUUGAGUGCCCUGUAAACAAUCUAAAAGAUGAAUUGGCACACCUGCGUGUGGAGGAAUUUGAGGAAUCCAUAAAUUUACCUCGCAUAGCGGUAAGUUCUGCAAUUGACUUAAAAGGCGAAGGGAGAAGAAAUACCACUGAUGUCCAUUGUGAAACUCGGACACAAAAUGCCUGUGAACAUGCCAGUGACACGGGUAUUGAGACUGGAACUUUCACUUGCCACCGAGAGGACCAUAUCAACACCGACGUCAUUAUUGAGAUCCAGACAUUUGAUAUAUUGCAAUUACUAAACAUCGAAGAAAAACUUAAGAUUCAAUUUCCCAAUAUUUCGUUAUACAUUGAUAAAGAAAAGUCUUCAGUGAUGCUGUGUGGAACACCAGAUGGUGUGAAUGCAGUUGAAAUGGCUCUUAAAAUGGAAAUAUCAAACCUGAAAUACAUUCACUUGAACGUGUCCAACAUGAUGAUUACCUUCUUGGGUGGCUUAGAUAUGGAUGACUUUUGCAAAAGCUAUUUCCAUGAAAAACACAUUAAUGCCAAAUGUAUUAUUGAUGGGCAGAGCGUCAUUAUCCUUACAACUCAAGAACAUGCGCAAAUGGCAGAAGAUCAGAUGAAAAAUAUUCUGCGAGAGGUCCCUUUUUUGAUUCCACAAAAUUCAAAACGUGCCACAACAACUCCAAAAUGGAGAAACUUUAUUGAAGAGAUCAAAGGCACAAAUAGUACUUUAAAUGGUGUUCUAAGCGAAGUUUUUGAUGGCGUUGGUUCCUGUAGUGAAGUGGUUUUGGUAGGGUUUGAUGCCUAUGUGAAAAGGGUUUUCAAUAUGUUAGAACAUUUUUGCAACAUUAAUGCAUAUACUGAGAGGCAUGUUCCUGUAACCUCUCUCGAAGUAAUUGAAUAUUUAGACAGUAUUACUAAUUUUUCAGAAAACCCAAUUUUCCAAAACAACUUGCAGGUUAACAAGCAAGAAACAGGUUAUUUAAUUUCAGGUCAUCCAGAUAGUGUAAGUGCAGUGGAGCAUUAUUUAAAAAAUUUGAUUGUCAAUGUCUUUGUCGAGAAACUAGACAUUAGUUCACCAGGAGCUUUAAAAAUUGCACAGAAAGAGGAGAAAAGAGUCCAUGACAUUUGCCAGGACAAAAAUUGUCUACUGAAAAUGGGUAUAUCUAUCAACAAAAGUUCCUUAUGCUUAGGACAAGAUCUUGAGUGCAUUAAAUUGCUGUCUGCUGGUCGUAUUGUAUACAUUUACACUGGGAACAUAUUGGUCCAUUGUGUUGAUGCCAUUGUGAAUUCAAGCAACAUUUAUUUGAAGCACAUUGUGGGCCUUGCCAAGGCAAUAAGUGAUGCGGCUGGUCCUGAUGUUCAAAGAGAAUGUGAUGAACAUAUCCGUAUUUGGGGAGAAUUGACGGCAGGGGAUACUGUCGUGACAAGUGCUGGUAGACUUCCAUGCAAGAACAUUAUACAUGCCGUGGUACCUUGCUGGAGUGAACAUAUGAAGGCUCAGAGGCUUGACUCCCUUAGGAAAGCAGUAGCUAGCUGCCUGGAAAUUGGAGAACGUGAAGGAUAUAGCUCUGUUGCCUUUCCAAAUAUUGGUGCCGGAAUGUAUGGCAUUCCUCUCGGUGUUUACUCAGACAUCGUGGUUGAAGUCAUCAUCCAUCAUUGUAAUAAAACCAAGAACGUGGAAAACAAGCUGAAAAGUUUUCAUAUUGUUGACAUUGAUCAGAAGGUGUCUCAAGCCUUUAAAUCUGCUUUUGAGAAUAAUUACAGUUUUGUCCAGCCCAUCAGUCCAAUACGCACAAUGACAACGAAAAAAGGAAUGAAAAUCUCCAUUGUGGCUGGCAACUUGGAACAGGAUGUGUCGGAUGUGCUCGUCAACAUUGUGGAUCGCAGUAUGUGCCUUAAUAGUGGUGUGGUGUCAAAGGCACUGCUGAAACAGGCUGGGCCAGAGAUGCAAGCCAUGGUCACUCUGCAAAGCCAAGGCAAAGAUGUCACAGAUGGCCAGAUUGUUGAAACGGACACAUUUGGCUGCAACUUGGCCUGCAAAAAAGUCUACCACACAGUGCUUCCACAGGUUAACUCCAAACACCAAACAUCCCAGGUUGUUGGUAAAAUUCUGAAAAGUUGUCUGGCGAUUGCUGGAACUGCAAGCUUCCGGAGCAUCUCUGUGCCUGUCCUGGGCAUGUGGAACCUGGGGUAUGAUGUGAAAUCCGUGGCAGAGAGCAUGUUUAGUGAGGCUGUCGCGUUCAGCAAUGCCAGUGAUGUUACAACAUUGCAAGAAGUGCGGUUUGUAUUAAAUUCUCUUAAAGAACAAACCAUGAAGGUGUUUGAUGCUGAGAUGGAUGACUACCCCAACAAAUCAGUGACCAUGAAGAAAAGGAAGUCUGCUCGUAUCUCUGUCGCACUGAAAAACAAGCAAACGGCUUUCAGGCGUUCACUUGGCCCAUCAUUUGACUCGGGCAACCCUGUAACUAGGAGCAUAAAUGGGGUUUUGGUGGAGAUCAAGCAUGGAGAUAUCAUACACGAGACUUCAUAUGCGAUAGUGAACAUCGCCUCCGAAACAUCUGGCAGAGCGAACGGGAUCACCGAUUCAAUCAUGAAAGCAGCUGGCUGGGUGGCAGAAAAAAAAUCGAAUCUUUUGAGCCAAAUUGCAAACAAACCGUUGGUGGUCACAAGUGGAGGAGCACUGCAUUGCAAACACAUCAUUCACGUGGCGACCCCAAGCAAUCCUCAGAAGCUCAAAGCCUGUGUGGCCAAAGUGCUGCGUAUAUGUGAGAAGAGAAGUGUGCCCUACAUCUCAUUCCCUGCCAUUGGAACAGGAAAAAUGGGCCUCAACCCAGCUGUGGUAGCAGAUACGAUGUUAGGUGCCAUCGAGCAGUACUCUGAAUCUUGCCAGAAGGGCUCCGCUCUUUGUGGCGUACGGAUCGUCAUCCUCAGGAAGGAGAUGCUGCACAUUUUCCAGGAAUCUCUGCUUGAUUGGCAGCAGUCUACGAGUCUGUCUUCAUUAGAUGAAAGCCCGAGUUCUGUCAUGGUAACAAGACCAAGGGACAUGAAUUCCAGGUUUGCAGUUCAUCCAGCUCACCUGCACAUUUAUGGCAAAUCCUGGCAGAACGUGUCAGAAGCUGCCAGAGAAGUGACGGAUGUCAUCAAGGGAAACCUAACGUGUGUCAUAGUAGAGCUGAAGGAUGUGACCUUACGGCCCAAGCAUUACAGGGAGCUUGAGAACAUGGAGAUUCGCCUGGGUGUUCGCAUCACGGCCGCACCCACCCACCUUUCUGUGGAGGGUACCAAAGACGACGUGUCGAUGGCAAAACUUCACAUCUUGCUUUUGCUGCAAGAAGCCAAAGAAAACAACAUUCCAGUGCACUGGGAUGACAUGGGUCAGGAAAGAUUUGCAAUGGUCCCACUUGUUUCAGCAACACCUGAAUAUAAAGAUGUUGCUGACCACUUCAAUAAAAAUGGACAAUCCAACUACAGAAUUGCAAGGAUCGAAAGGAUUCAGAAUAUAAACCUGUGGCAAGGUUAUGAGCUGCAAAAGAAAAUAAUCACCGACGAAAUAAAGAUGGAUACAGAGCGACUGCUUUACCAUGGAACAUCCCAUGACGUCUGCAACAACAUUAGCCGCAAUGGUUUUGACCGUGGCUAUUGCGGCAAAAACGGCUGGGCAUUUGGAAAGGGGACAUACUUUGCGAUCGAUCCAGAAUACUCUGCCAAUGACCUGUUCUCAGUGCCAGACGCCACUGGGCUGAAGAUGGUGUUCCGCGCACGCGUGGUCACUGGAGACUACUGUGUAGGGGUUCCCAGCCUGAACACUCGUCCCAGCAAGCCUGGCCAGGACCCCAGCUGCCUUUCGUCACCGCGUCCCGGAACAGAAGUGGGAAGUCGGGAGAGUUUCGUUUCGAGCGCGUUCCAAGACGACGAUACUCGUGUUUUGUGUACCGUCCAACGAGAUGGGCAACAUCGCUUAGCCUAGCUGAUGGUUACUGUUGGAAAGUUUAAACCAGGCGUUCAGGUGCAGGGUCGAGAGUAGCAAUUUGCUGAUUUGGUAAAAGACGUCGACACAUCCAUUGGUUUGCGGUAUUUGUAAGUUCAGCGUAUAGGGGAGUGGUCCAGACUGCAUGAGUGUUGGCGACCAUGGACACUCGGGACCCCACGUAUGGGAUCGUGCUGCAUGUUGAUCCUCAAAAUAAUGAAUUAAUUUACAAACUAGCGCAGGUUUUUCGAAGCCGAAACAUUAACCAUUCCAUAUCGUUAGAUGAUAUUCGACGAAUAACAUUAGUUCACUUUAGAUCACGCGCAGACCGCGAUUACAUGUUGCACGACAGAGGGCUUCUGCAAAACGUGAGAGUUACCCCACUCGAGGAGUACCUGGGCCACCACUUGUCCAGGCGUGAAGCCACAGAGACGCCUCCAUCACAAUGGAGGAUGCCCGCAGAAGUUCACGGCACCUCUGGCCACGCCGCAUCAGGACAACAAACAACUCGGGCAUCAAUUCAAUUUGUGUCUGCAACUGCCCUCGACUACAUUGAUGAAAAAAUACAAACUGAUGAUAUCUCAAGAAAAGAAAGGGUUAAUUUUCAGAGUGAUAAAACAAAUAUGACGAUGACAGUAUUUGGGGGGGAACAAAAUAUAAUUUCUGCAACAAAAAGUGUCUUUGCAGCUUUAAAGGAUGUUGCUCAUCACGAGAUUUCUAUGGAAGGAAUUGAUAAGUUAAAAAUGUUGACGGUACAUAAAGGAGACAUUGCAAAAGACAAAAAUAGCAAAAUAGAAAUAUUUCAGAGCUGCAAAGAAGCACACCCCGUUGGAAUACAAUGCAGGGUGGUCCUGCCUGGUGGCCGAAUCCUGUCUGUGUUUGAGGGUGAUGUUUUGGAACAUCACGUUGAUGCAAUGGUGACAACUGCACCCAAUACAAAGUUGAAAGGCAGCAAA